ACGUUUAUUCUUUUCCAGAUGUUUAUUCUUCUCUGUAUGUGAGUGAAAGAAACCUUCCAAUCUCAUCUAAUAGAAUAAACCAAGUGCAAUGAUGGUAUAAAUAGACCACCUAUUGAUCUCAAAGUUACACAUACUAAACCAAACCAAACCAAAAACCCAAACACAUAAAUCGCAUAUCUUUCUCUCUAGUUAGUAGUUACUUCAUAAUAUUAUAUCAAACUAUAUAUCAGAUUAUAUUAUAAGCUCUAUAGCGUUAUUAGUAAUGGAUGUGUUGACAAUGUUGACUGCUGAGAAGCCAGUGGUGAUCUUCAGCAAGAGCACUUGUUGCAUGAGCCACACAGUGAAGGCUCUGAUAAAAAGCUUUGGUGCAAACCCUGCAAUGAUUGAGCUUGACAAGUUGCCAAAUGGUCAGCAAGUAGAGAGAGCACUGGUCCAGCUCGGCAGCCGGCCAGGCGUGCCGGCGGUGUUCAUUGGACAGCAAUUCAUAGGUGGUGCUGAUGAACUCAUAAGUCUCAAUGUUCAAAACAAGCUUGCUCAAUUGCUACUAAGGGCUAAAGCUAUAUUCAUCUGGGGUAGGUAGCUGUAGCUAUAGCUAUAGCUAUCCAACUGCAAAGUAAAUUCCACCCUUUCACUUCAACUCACAUGAGAAAAUAAGAGGUUCUAGUAUUGUUCUUGGGAACCUUGAUGAGUAUAGACCUUCUUCUAGCAAUGCUUCUUGUGUUCUUCUCUUGUUGAAUCUUGUUAUCCUAAUACUAAUUUUGUAUAAUGCAAGUAGUUAAGCUUUUACAUCAUCAUAGUCAUAGAUGGCUCUAUCAUGUUAUAGUCCCUUUUUGGAGAGUAAUAAUCUGAUUUUGAAGAGUUAAGUCCAAAUUCAGUGUGCAAUCUCUGCAAUGUGAAAAAAUGAACAAUAUGCUAAUAACAUUAUAACAAUCCCCAAGUAUAGACAAUCACAGAUUUCAAUUGAAAA